GAGAGAGCUCAUCAAGUCCCUGAACACAUCACCCAUACCUGAGCAGAAAGGCAAACGCAGCAGAUUAAUGACUGUAAUCCAACUCUUUUCUGCAUUCCUGGAUGGGUUUUCAUGCAGUGGAUAUUUGAUGAGUGGAGUUUGGAGUUCUGGAGCCACUUUUUUUCAGGCUAAACCCAGCGUUACCCUACUUUAUUUUUGCACGGAUUUACCGUUAAAUCGCUUUUAUAUAAAGUGAAUGUGUAGUUUUGGAAGGACCAGAUAACCUCGGUAUCUAUUUUUUUAAAUACCUGAAAACAUGGAAUAUUUUAAUGGUUUGACCUGGAAUUGGGAGUCUUCGAAAUGCAUGGCCAUGUAAUGUAACCCAAAGGAAAUGGCCUGAUGCGGCAGACGCCACAGCUGACAUGUCCUGCCAGUAAUCCCAUAGUUUCCACCCUGGCUCAUCUGGAAAUCUGUGAGUAGAGUUAGUCCAGUUUCUCUCUUUCAGAGAUGGAUUUGGGGCUGUCGGCCCACACUGGCCCCUGUGCCGGCUCUCACUCUUUGAAGCAUCCCAGUGUGUGUCGGUGAGAGACCCCCAGCAGGCCCAGGAUGCCAGGAUGCCCCUCACUCAGGACAACGCCCUCAGCAUCCUCCCACUGCUGGAGAACUGGCAGGGGGCUCAGAACACUCGACCACAGCAGGACUUCAACCUGAACCAAGACAAUUCUAGCUACAAGGGGGACCAGGACUGCCAGAAUGUGGAGGGGGACAGUGUUUGCAGCAGCAGCAGUGUUAACAGUGUUAACGUGGAGGACAUGCCCCUGUGUCUGGCUGCCAUUCAGAAGCUGGUUGAGUACAUUAAGUUCAACUUCAUGGACAGUGACACAGCUCCGACCCCCAGCCCCCCCUCCUGCAGGGAGGGGCUAGACAUCGAGGUCCGGGCCGUGGCCUUCAGUAAAGAUGAGUUUGACGGUGCUGAGUUUGGCCUCAGCUUUGGAAACAUCCCUAUUUUUGGGGACCCUGAUGGAAGGAAGAAGGGGGGCCCGAGGAGGAGGAGGGACCAGGGCCCCAUCAUGGAUGUGGGCUGCAUCUGGGUGACAGAGGUGAGGAAGAGGAGCCCAGCCGCCCGCUGUGGGGGGAUCAAGCUCAGAGACGAACUGCUGUCACUGAACGGGCAGCUGAUGGUGGGAGUAGACGUCAGUGGAGCCAGUUACCUGGCGGAGCAGUGCUGGAAUGGAGGCUGUAUCUACCUGAUCAUGCUGAGGCGAGUUAAGCGAAAGGCCCCCCCCCCUCCCUGUAAUGGCAGCGUCAGUACUGUGAGCAGUGACAGUUGUGAGGACCAGAAGCAGGACAGGGGGGCCCCGGAGCCCCCUGAGGGCCCUGCCAACUGCAAACGCACACGCAAGUUUGGAGUCAUAUCGAGAUCGUCCUUCAACAGGGGCAGCACGGACUCAGACCUGCAGAGCUGUUACAACGGCUCCUCGGCCCCCCCUGAUGCAGGGCUCAGUCCUCCAGGAGAGGACUCAGGGUGCAUCCCCCCCCACCACACACCCACAGAGGAAAGCCCUGACAUCAGAAGUGUUCCUCAGCGGCUCCACAGAGGCACGGCCACGCUGCCGGCACGCUGUCACAGUCAGCUGUUAGAAUACAAGAUGGACUCCUUCAGCAGCGAGCCAUCAGGCCAG